GUUGAGUUGUUACACAACUUCAGCAGCCUGCACUCCAAACUAGAGUUGAGCUGACAGCCAUGAAUCCUCCAGGUCACCCAGCUGAGAAUGUUCCACUGGAGGGGAGGUAUGAUGGGCUCCCUGGAGGAUCUACAGUGAUUCAGUACACCACUGUGAACAUGACCCCUGAGCCCCCCAAGGACCACAUCAUCUGGUCCCUCUGCUGCUUUCUCUACUCAAACCCCUGCUGCCUCGGGCUGGCGGCUCUCAUCUUCUCCAUCAAGGCCAGAGACCGGAAGGUGGCUGGAGAUCUGGAGGGUGCCCGACACUACGGCUCCACUGCCCUCUGCCUCAACAUCUGGGCCACAGUCCUGGUUUCCAUCAGUGUCCUUAUUACCAUUAUUACAACGAUUGUUCUGAUUGUACAGUUGUUCAGUUACAGCAGUUACCCAUACAAUUCCAGAGGCUAAAUUUGAAAUGCAGUAGUAUUAAAGUUGCUGCUGCUGUGGCUUGGUGAUACUUGUGUUUCACUGCUUUCCGCUCAUGGCAUAAUUUCUAACCUUUUAUACCUUUUUACUUACUGUACAUCCUGGAGCAAAAGAGAUACUAUAUUUCUAUUUGUGUUACAAAGACUAAAAUGGAACUCAUCCAUGUUUCAUUAACUGCUGUCUGCAGUCAAGUUUGAAUGCCAGACUUUUUUUUUAUUAAAUUGAGAUUUCCUGUCUGCCUGGUCUUCGUCUCAGCAAUUGUUUUAAGUUUCGUUUUUCAAUAAACAAAAGUUUCAUAGUGUUUCAUAA